AUGCGUAGUAGCAUCAUAACGACAUGAACUGUUAUGAUUUCAGUAGCAACCGUUACUGUGGACUGAAUAAAGUCGUUUUAAAAGGCUGAAAGAUGUCCACUCUGAUCGAUGAGACAGCAGCAGAUGUUCCAGUCAGAGACUUCCCAGUGAACCUGUCCCGACUCGCAGCAGAGUCCUCGGCCAAUCGGAAUGCGCGGGCGCGGCAGGACGUGUCGCGGGUGUCCCGGGAGGAGCUGGAGGAUCGAUUCCUCCGCCUCCACGAGGAGACGCUGGUCCUCAAACAGCACAUACACACACAGGACGACAAGAUCAAGAAGCUGGGCACUAAGCUGAUGAAGCUGGUGAAGGACCGCGGGCGGAUGGAGCAGCUGGCGGCGGGCGAGCGCCCCCCCGCCCCCAGGGUCCGGGACCUGGAGAUGGAGGAGAUGAUGGAGGAGCUGCAGGAGAAAGUGCGGGGCCUCCAGGCGGAGAACGAGGGCCUGAAACAGCGCCUCCUGGUGGCCAAGCAGCAGCUCAUCAACUCGCAGGGCCGGCGCCCGGCGCCGUACGGCCGCGUCCCGUCCAGGGUCAACUCGGGGGUCAAGAAGCUGCGGGACGACUCGUCCUCUCCGUCCCCCACGCGGCCCAAAACGACCGGGCUCCUACCCCGAUUCGGACACAGCCUGCUGGAGGAGGCGAGGGCCGAGGUCCGCAACCUAGAGAACGUGAUCGAGCUCCAGCGGAGCCACAUGGAGGAGAUGGAGGCCGCGGCGGAGCUGCUGAGGGACCAGCUGAGGACAAAGGAGGCUGAAUACGAGGAGAGACUCCUGCAGGCCCGGCAGCAGCAGACCUCCAAACUCAGGUACCAUCUGAUUCAUCAGGAUUUAACAAAACCCAAGCAUGGUCGUCAGGAGGCGUUGGACAUGAUGCUCCGGUCCGGAGCCGACGUCAACGUCAAGUCGGGUUACACAGCUCUCCACCUCGCCUCCAUCCACGGCCACAAGCACAUCGUCCUCUCCCUGAUCUCCACUCACAGUGAGUCUGUUAGAAACAAGUAG